AAGAGUGGGCGCGCGGCAACAGUUUCAAAAUGGCUGCCGUCAACCCAGUCGUGUUUUUUGAUAUAUCUAUUGGGGGACAGGAUGUUGGAAGAAUGAAAAUGGAGCUGUUUGCCGAUGUUGUGCCAAAGACUGCCGAAAAUUUCAGGCAAUUUUGCACCGGAGAAUACAAAAAAGAUGGUGCUCCUAUUGGUUUUAAAAAUGCCACAUUUCACAGGGUCAUCAAGGACUUCAUGGUGCAAGGUGGAGAUUUUAUUAAAGGUGAUGGUACUGGAGUGUCUAGUAUUUAUGGUGGUGUUGCAUUUUCUGAUGAGAACUUCAAAGUAAAACAUGAAAAGGCUGGUUUACUCUCAAUGGCUAAUAGCGGACCUCACACUAAUGGCUGUCAGUUUUUUAUAACCUGUGCAAAAUGUGAUUUUUUGGAUGGCAAACAUGUUGUUUUUGGAAAAAUCGUUGAUGGGCUGCUUGUAAUGAGAAAAAUUGAGAAUGUACCAGUUGGACCAAACAACAGACCCAAACUACCAGUGGUCAUAUCUCAGUGUGGUGAAAUGUAGCAUCCUUGGUAAAGGAACCUUGAUUUAUGCAUGUUGUAAAGACGAAUAAACCCAGCUCAAAUUUAAUCUCAAGAACAAAGUGGUUUAUCGUUAUUGCAUGAUACCUGUAUUUGCCUGGGGUAUGAACGCCGUUUUCAACUUGGAGUAUUGCUGUUUGUCGUCGAAAUUUUCCGCACCAGACCUGGCGAAAAGUCAGCAAAAAAUUUGUAAAUUUGAAUUCAUCAAUGAUUGUUGCAUUCUGGACAGUUCCUGAUAUUAAAGUUUUAACAACUGUUGCAAGAGUGACAAAUAAAAAGUUUAGAAGCUACCAUUAAAUCACCCGUGGGUGUUGGAAAUUGUUAAUGUAUGAAAGCUCCUUCUACUGUACGAAAAGUCACCUAUAGCAGCUACCAUUAAAGCACUCAUGGAUGUUGGAAAAUGUGAUGGUUUUAAAGUUCUAGGAACUAUAGUCAGGAAUAGAAGCUAACGAUAAUUUACUCGUGGAUGUUGGAAAAUGUGAUGGUUUUAAAGUUCUAGCAACUGUUGUCACAAGUAGAAGCUAUCAACAAAUUACUGGUGGAUGUUGGAAAAUGUGAUGGUUUUAAAGUUCUAGCAACUGUUGUCACAAAUAGAAGCUAUCAAUAAAUUACUCGUGGAUGUUGGAACGUGUUAUGGCCUGAAAAUAUGAACAUUUGCAAAAGUCAAGAAGCUACCAUUUAGUCACUCCCGAUAAAAGGAAACGUUCUGGCAAAAAAAUUCUUGCACAAGUAGCUUUCUAAAUACACCGGACAACAAGGCAAUGUAACCAAGCUAUUUGCUCUUACCUGUCCAUAUCCAAUGAAAAACAAUUGAUCGUUGGUUACAUUUAUUCCUGGUAGCACUGGCAGUUUGUUUUUGUGCAAUUGAUAAGCCUGAAUGGAAAAGAUGAAUUUUAAGUGAACGAAGUGCAUAUUUAUUAUUACAUAUGUAACAAAAAUAAUGACUAAAUUAUCGUCAGGAUCAUAAUGACACGUGAGGCUGACAAAUCUAAUUUAUGGUUUAUUUGUCUAAAGAUUUGCUAUUUUUUGUGUCAGCGUCAAAAAUUCUCAUUUCUGUAACGUUUGUGGAACAAACAAAAGCGAUGCUACUAACAGAAAGGGAA